UGUUUUGAGAGAACAUCCCUUCACCAUGAACUUCUCAGGAAAGUACCAGCUCCAGUCCCAAGAGAAUUUUGAAGCCUUCUUGAAGGCUGCUGGUCUACCUGAUGACGUCAUACAGCAGAGAAAGGAUCGCAGGGGAAUGUCCGAAAUUGUACAAAAUGGAAAUCACUUCAAGAUCACCUUUAACAAUGAUAACCAAAUCCAGGUGAUGGAGUUCACUGUGGGGGAGGAGUGUGAGCUGAGCACUCCAACUGGGGAAAAGGUCAAGACUGUAGUGAAUCUAGAAGGAGGCAACAAGCUGGUGACAAGUUUCAAAGGAAUGAAGUCUGUCACUGAACUGAAUGGAGAUACACUCACCAAC